AUGCUUGUAACUCGGUUGCUUCAGUCUUCAUUGGUAGCUUCGUUCUGGGGACUUGCCACCGCCGGCCUCAUGAACCGAACGGGCUCUACGUGUGUUAUUACUCCAGGCGGGGAGGGCAUAGAUGACUCGCAAGCAAUCCUCGAUGCGUUUGAUCAGUGCGGUCAUAACGGGCGUAUUGAAUUCCAAAAUGCGACUUACCAUGUCGAGCGAGUGAUGAACACCACCGGCUUAGUUAACUGUACCGUUGAUAUUAAGGGGACGCUCCUAUGGGGCACUGAUAUCAAGUAUUGGCUUAAUAAUAGUCUACCAAUCGGAUACCAAAAUCAGAGUUCCGCUUGGUUCUUAGGAGGGGUCCUACAAAAGAUUUGGUAUGACUACACCAAAGGAGUUUCAAAUCUUCCAGGCAAACCGCACUCCUUGACUAUUUGGAAAACCAAAGACUCAGUGUUUGAGGGGCUUCGCUUUGUACAAAGUCAGAUGUGGACUAUGACUAUUGCACAUUCAGAAGACGUGCUCCUAGAAAAUAUUUUUGUUUCUAGUCAUUCAAGCAACGGCUACCCUGCACGGAAUACGGAUGGUGCGGAUACUCUGGCGUCGAAUCGUAUCACAUUCCGGGGUUGGGAGAUUGACAACGGGGACGACAGUAUUGCACUUAAAGCAAAUUCGACUAACAUAUUGAUGGAGAAUAUGAUACUGCGGAGAGGCCUCGGAAUUGCAAUGGGCUCCAUAGGGCAAUACAACGGCGUUUACGAAUAUAUCGAAAACGUGCUUGCUAGGAAUAUCACAUGUAUCGGAACCCGUUAUGCAGGCUAUAUCAAAACAUGGACUGGUAUUCAACAGAGUUAUCCUCCCAAUGGAGGUGGUGGUGGAACUGGCGUAGUUCGCAAUAUCACUUGGAAAGACUUCCACUUGAUAGACGUGUACCAACAGCCCGUCCAACUUACCCAAUGUACCUCAUUCUCAGGAGCUACAGGAGGAUGCGACACUUCCACCCUUCAAAUCUCAGAUGUGACCUGGGGUCCAAUGACUGGCAACAUCACCUACAACAUCCUUGCACGACUCCAGUGUAGUGGGGCCGCACCAUGCCAGAACGUCCGAUUUGAUGGUAUGAAUGGGAUAAAGGUUAAUGGGACUGGUGCAAGAAUCAAAUGCAGUAAUGUUGCUACUCCAGUAGGGUUCAACUGCACUGAGGGCUUGUAA